CAGACUGCGUUGAACCUCUCACAGUUCAUCGCGUCUGCCUUCGUAGGCCUGCGCCCCUCUGACUGUAAAUAAGAAGCUUCGCCGCCCGAUUUCCUCUCAAAAGCCUCAUCUGCGACCAACCGAACCGAUCUGGCACAUUCCUUAGAAACCCCGCGACGAUGCGUGACUUCAUACCCCCCAUACCCUUCCUAGCGAAGGCGAUUACUCCGUUCGCAGAGUAUAUCGGCGCAACAACACUGCCUCUGCACAUUCACGAGGUUGUCGUCUCAUAUCUCGCCUAUACUUUCAUCAAUAAGAAGGUCGCGCCAGCCGUAUCGACAUGGCUCUUUCCUCAGAAGUACCCGGCGCUCUCGGCCGAGAAGAAGUUCAACUGGAACGUCCAUGUGGUGUCUCUAUGCCAGAGCCUUUUGGUCAACAGCACGGCUCUCUAUGUCAUCUUAACUGAUGAUGAGCGCAACAACAUGACCUGGCAGGAGCGGGUCUGGGGCUACACCGGGGCGUCUGGGAUGAUUCAAGGUUUGGCCACUGGGUACUUCCUCUGGGAUCUGGUUAUCACUAUCCAGAACGUCAAGAUGUUUGGGCUGGGGAUGCUGGCGCAUGCUGUCAGCGCUCUGACGGUGUUCUCUUUUGGUUUUAGACCCUUCGUUAACUACUAUGCCUCGACUUUCAUUAUUUACGAGCUAUCCUCGCCAUUUCUGAACUUCCACUGGUUCUUUGAUAAACUGAACCUGACCGGAUCUCGUCGCCAGCUCGUCAACGGAAUACUGCUCCUCGCCACCUUCUUUGGCUGCCGUCUAUGCUGGGGAACAUACCAAUCUCUGCGGGUAUACCAGGACAUGUGGAUGGCAUUACACCACACCCCUGGCGACACUUUCGGAAAGGUUGAAUCUCCUAUCCACGAUGAAAUCAUGAAGUACACAAAAGAGGAGUUCCUACCACUCUGGCUGGCAGUCACCUACCUCGGAAGCAACCUCGUCCUGAACGCACUGAACUUCUACUGGUUUGCAAAGAUGAUCGACGCUCUGCGCAAGCGCUUCGUCCCGGCCGAGAAGGCCAACUCGAAGCCAAAGUUGGCCAUGACUGGCGCUAAUGGCACGGUGAAGAUCGAGGCUGAUGAGACUAUCGUGCGCCGCAGAAAUGUGCCUCUCCCAGAGGCAGAUAUCGUGCCGAUUCCGUGAAGGGCUGGGGUGCUCAAUGUAACCAAGCUAUGAUGGCUCAUAUUGGAUAUGAGAUUGACGACGUGUGGCUUCCUUUUCUUUUUGGAACGACAUAGUUCAGGGUCAAUGGUGUAGUAUACGAGUCGAGGGGCCGUAAUGGAGGGGUACUCUGUUGGGAGCGGAGCGCCACAGCGAGCAGAACCAGCCCCCUGCUUUCUUGUUUAUACGUACAGUGAGGUCAGAAUACUGCGACCUAUAAGAUCACGAGUAUAAAUCCAAUUUCUACUAAACAUUAUAACACGGAGUUGAAUAUUGAUUGUAGCACAAAGGAGUAGAAAUGCGAAUUGUAUCACGUGAUGGGUCGGAUAGAUAAUCACGUGCGUUUGUGAUUUGGAAGUUUGAAGCUGAUUCAUUCAUCGCAAAUCAAGCA